UUUUCGGGAGGAGGUUGUUGGCGGAUGAGGACGCUUCACCGCCAUGUGAGAGAGACUCGCCGUGCACGUACUGAGCGUGCGUGCGUGUGCGUGGACGUGGUCUCUCCCAGGACGAGGAACCCAAAUCCUCCCGCAAAGGAAACAAAAAAGUGGAAGUAAAGCAAGAAAUCCUCCUGGAUCCAAUAGGAACUUUCUCUCUCUCUCUGUGUGUGUGUGUGUGUGUGUGUAAGUGUGCGUGGAAGAGUGUGUGCAGAUGAUCAAGUUGUGUUGCCGUGAAAAAGUCCAUCUGUUUCCACGCAGGGUUCCAGCCUGACACGUCGUGCAAACGUCAUGGCGGUGUCCUCGCCCACCUCCAGCCUCCUGCUCUUCCUGCUCGCGUCCUGCCUGGCCUGGCUCUCCUCUCCUGGGUCGGCUUUUGUCAUGGACUGGGACCACAUGACUGCAUCAGCUCCUGUUGAACCUCACUUCACUGAGUGCAUAUCCCGGGACCAAAUGACAUUCCGCUGCUGGUGGAGUCCUGGCAGCUUUCACAACCUGUCGGCCCCCGGAGCGCUCAGAGUCUUCUACCUGAAGAGAGAUUCCCCCACCAAGAAAGAGUGGAAAGAGUGUCCACAGUAUCUCCACUCGAAAAGGGAGUGCUUCUUUGAUGGAAACCACACGUCCGUUUGGACCACCUACUGCUUGCAACUGCGUAGUCAAGACAACGUCACCUAUUUAAAUGAAAACGACUGCUUCAGUGUGGAAAACAUUGUACGCCCUGACCCCCCUGUGUCCCUCAACUGGACCCGCCUGAAUGUCAGCCCCUCUGGACUCAGCUACGACGUCAUGGUCACGUGGGAGUCGCCCCCCUCGGCAGACGUCACAGUGGGUUGGAUGCGCCUGGUCUACGAGGUCCAGUACAGGGAGAAGAACGGCACCAACUGGGAGGCACUGGAGGUGCAGCCUCACACCCAGCAGACAAUCUAUGGUCUCCAGAUCGAGAAAGAAUACGAGGUGCACAUCCGCUGCAGGAUGACAGCUUUCACUAAGUUUGGGGACUUCAGUGAGUCCAUCUUCAUCCAAGUGUCUCAGAUUCCCAACCAAGAUACAUUUUCUCUGUUUACAAUGGUCGUCGUUUUAGGGAUUGUGGGCACCAUCAUACUUGUCAUGUUGAUUGUUGUCUCACAACAACACAGAUUAUUAUUGAUUCUGUUGCCACCGGUUCCGGCGCCCAAAAUUAAAGGUGUCGAUCCAGAGCUUUUAAAGAAAGGGAAGCUGGAAGAGCUGAACUUCAUUCUGGGUGGUGGAGGUCUGGUUGGCGGUCCCAUGUAUUCAACGGAUUUCUACCAGGAUGAGCCUUGGGUGGAAUUCAUCGAGGUGGAUGUGAAGGACCCUGACACUGGAGAGAAGGAGGACAACCAGGCCUCGGACACCGAGAGGCUCCUGAGUUCCUCGCAGCCUGUCAGACACAGGGCUGGGUGCUCCAACGCCGUCAGCUUCCCUGAGGAUGAUGCCGACCGGGCGCGCAGCUCCAACCCGAACCGGCCCGAUGAAGACGCCGUCGUACUCUCGUCCACGCUGCUGCCGGGCCAACCCGACGACAGAGAAGCCUCCCUCGGCAUCGACCCGGCGAGAGGGGGCCGGUCGCCUGUCCCCUGUCAAAGUGGACCUCCUCCGACGUGGGUCAACACGGACUUCUAUGCCCAGGUCAGCAACGUCAUGCCCUUUGGGGGCGUGGUGCUGUCACCCGGCCAGCAGCUCCGCAUCCAGAAGGAGGAGGAGCCCAGCGAGACGAGGCGAAAGGAGCUUCAGUUUCAGCUGCUGGUGUUGGAUCCCGACACCCCAGGCGACACCCAGGCUUACUGCACCAUGCCCAACGAGGGCUACCAGUCCAACGAGCCUCCGCCCGCCGCAGAGGCGCCUUACGUCCCCCCGCCAUCCCCCCAGCUCUUUGCCCCGGUGGCGGCCUACACCGUGGUCCAAGAACUCGACAGUCAGCGCAGUCUUCUGCUCAACCCGCCCUCACGCUCCCCCUCCCCCGCACCGCCCACCGCCCCGUCAUGCCUGUCCCAGCGCCCUCUCAAAGACCUCGCAGCCGCAGAGUACGUCACCCCGGACAUGCUAGGGCUGCUCUCGCCCUGAGGAAUUUUUAGUUUUUCCAGGUGAUAGGAAACAAAACCACUCACAUCGAGCCAAGCGGACAUGAAGAUGCGGGUUUGACUUCAGGUAAAAAAGAAAAAAAGGGAGUCAAAUAAAUGUUCUUCAGUGUGAUUCUUCACAACCCCCGAACGUGUUGGUCCAGAGAGGGAGGAGCGUUUUAAAAAAAAGCAAUAAGCAUCAGUUUGAUGAUUCGCUGAAGUCUUAACCUCGCAGAGAAGCAUGUUGGGGUGUUUAUUUCCUGCUACAUCAUUCAGACAAGAAGUAUCCGCCAUUUUUGAUACCUCUUUUUAAUCAACGCAACUUUUUUUGGUUGUACUCGUAAUAUUCUGCUACCGGUGAUUUACAGUAUUUUUAUGAAAUGGUUGUUGUUUUUUUGCUUUCUUACAUACAGUAAAGCACAAAAUUAUUUUUUAUCCUCCUGAGAAUUUUCACUGGUUCUCAUGGGGGAUAUACUCCAGGCAAAAUUUUGAGUAGAAUAUAUUUGAAAACAAUAUUUUAAAUGAAUUUUAAAGUAUUAGAGGUUGCACACUAGUUUAUUGAAAGCCUUGAUGAUCGGUGCAUGUAUUGUUUAAUGCCAUAUUUCAUAUUUAAAAUUGUCUUUUCAUGAGUGGGAAUUGAAAAAAAACAAAACACCAAUUGGUUUAUUUGAACUGAAAUUUAAAAUAUUCAUACAUUUUCUAUACAGCUUAUUUUUAUUAGGGUCGCGGGUAAGAUGGAGCCUAUCGGUCCAUGUACCUUCCUUCAUUCUAUUUCCAAUUCCAAUACGCAAAUCAAAAAAUAAAACUAGGGCCGUUUUUAGAUUUUUAUUUUAUAUGGCAGAUUUUAAAACAGAAAAAAAUGGUUGAUUUUCAUUAAAAUAUUGCCAUUAAAUUGAAUUUUGGGCUGCUUUCCUUUUAUGGAUUUAAAUUUUUUCAGGUACCGUAUUUUUCGGAGUAUAAGUCGCUCCGGAGUAUAAGUCGCUCCGGAGUAUAAGUCGCACCGGCCGAAAAUGCAUAAUAAAGAAGGAAAAAAACAUAUAAGUCGCACUGGAGUAUAAGUCGCAUUUUUGGGGGAAAUUUACCAACACCAAGAAUAGACAUUUGAAAGGCAAUUUGAAAUAAAUAAGGAAUAGUGAACAACAGGCUGAAUACGUGUACGUUAUAUGACGCAAAAAUAACCAACUGAGAACAGGCCUGGUAUGUUAAAUGUUAAGAGUCAUUCAAAUAACUAUAACAUAUAGAACAUGCUAUACGUUUACCAAACAAUCUGUCAUUCCUAAUCGCUAAAUCCCAUGAAAUCUUAUAUGUCUAGUCUCUUACGUGAAUGAGCUAAAUAAUAUUAUUUGAUAUUUUACGGUAAUGUGUUAAUAAUUUCACACAUAAGUCGCUCCUGAGUAUAAGUCGCACCCCCGGCCAAACUAUGAAAAAAACUGCGACUUAUAGUCCGAAAAAUACUGUAACUGUAACAUCUUUGUUCAGCAGGAGCCCUAUAUAUAUAAAAAAGGGUCAUUAAAUAGUUGUCCAAGAUUUGUUUCAGAAAAAAAAAUAGAAAAAAUGGUCCGAAACUUUUUUUUAGGACUCCUGCUGAACAAAGAUGUUACAGUUAUGCUAAAAACAUGCUGAACGCAAAGGAAAGGCAAAAAUACUGCUUCCGGUUCAAUUUGUCAUCACACAGAUAACCAUGCUCGAAAAAACUGCAGCGAGUGAAAGUUAAAGUUAAAGUACCACUGAUAGUCACACACACACACACACACUAGGUGUGGUGAAAUUACUCUCUGCAUUCGACCCAUCCCCCUUGUUCACCCCUUGGGAGGUGAGGGGAGCAGUAAGCAGCAGCGGUGGCCGCGCUCGGGAAUGAUUUUGGUGAUUUAACCCCCAAUUCCAACCCUUGAUGCUGAGUGCCAAGCAGGGAGGUAAUGGGUCCCAUUUUUAUAGUCUUUGGUAUGACUCGGCCGGGGGUUUGAACUCACGGACCUACCAAUCUCAGGGCGGACACUCUAACCACAAGGCCACUACACCAGAAGUUUCUAUUUAAAGACAAGACAAGACAAGACCUAUAUUGAAACACAGUAUUUGACGUCACAUUCUGCAGACCGGUCUUGUUUUUAGCGACUUCCUAUUUUUGGUUCCUUUUUUUUAGUUUUAAUUUUUCCUAUAUAAACAAUACAAUGAAAAUUAAACAGUCUUUUCUACCUAGUUAAUGCUUUUCGAAACGAAAAAAUAAAACUUUCUAUUUUAAUUAAAUGUUUUGUUUUUCAAAAUAAAAUGUAUAUUUUAUUUUUAUUUUUUUCAAUUUCCACUGAUGACACUAAAAUGCGAUGACCAAAAGAUACACUUCCCUCCCGGGGACACGCCAUUUUGUAAGCUGUGUUUUUGUCCGAGGCUGUGGCUCCAAAAAGUGCUAUUACCGGUAUGUACUUUAUCCACUUUUUUACAUAUACACUGUAACUCUGCAUUAAUCCAACACAUUAGGUUCCAAAUAUCACAUACAACAAACUAACAUUGUGGGACAGGAGGACACAAAUGCUAGCAACACUAGCUUAGCUAUAUUAGCUCCAGUGCUAACAAUAACACUCACAUUCUUUAUUUUCAUAUGUAGCAAAAACCUGCUUUUUUAAAAAUAUGUAUUUAUUGUUUUACAAAGCUGUGGGCUCAUCUAACUAGAGGCGCGCAUCCAUGAGAGGGAAGUGUUUCCUUUUAAGAGGCAAAUUAACUCUCACUUUUACCUCCAAAUUUGGCCAAAUGAAUAAUUUUGUGCUAACUUGUUCAGUAUACCACAAAUACACGGAAUGUCUAAAUAUAAACUGUGACAAACUACACUAUAUUGCCAAAAGUAUUUGGCCACCCAUCCAAAUGAUGAGAAUCAGGUGUCCUAAUCACUUGGCCCGGCCACAGGUGUAUAAAAUCAAGCUCUUAGGCAUGGAGACUGUUUCUACAAACAUUUGUGAAAGAAUGGGCCGCUCUCAGUGAUUUCCAGCGUGGAACUGUCAUAGGAGGCCACCUGUGCAACAAAUCCAGUCGUGAAAUGUCCUCGCUCCUAAAUAUUCCAAAGUCAACUGUCGGCUUUAUUAUAAGAACAUUAAAUCGUUUGGGAACAACAGCAACUCAGCCACAAAGUGGUAGGCCACGUAAACUGACAGGAGGGGUCAGCAUAGUGCAAAGACUUUCUGCGCAGUCAGUUGCUACAGAGCUCCAAACUUCAUGUGACCUUCCAAUUAGCCCACGUACAGUACGCAGAGAGCUUCAUGGAAUGGGUUUCCAUGGCCGAGCAGCUGCAUCUAAGCCAUACAUCACCAAGUCCAAUGCAAAGCGUGGGAUGCAGUGGUGUGAAGCACGUCGCCACUGGACUCUAGAGCAGUGGAGACGCCUUCUCUGGAGUGAUGAAUCACGCUUUUCCAUCUGGCAAUCUAAAGGACGAGUCUGGGUUUGGAGGUUGCCAGGAGAACGGUACAUUUCGGACUGCGUUGUGCCGAGUGUGAAAUUUGGUGGAGGAGGAGGUAUGGUGUGGAGUUGUUUUUCAGGAGUUGUGCCUGGCCCCUUAGUUCCAGUGAAAGGAACUUUGAAUGCUCCAAGAUACUAAAACAUUUUGGACAAUUCCAUGCUCCCAACCUUGUGGGAACAGUUUGGAGCGGGGCCCCUUCCUCUUCCAACAUGACUGUGCACAAAGCAAGGUCCAUAAAGACGUGGAUGACAGAGUCUGGUGUGGAUGAACUUGACUGGCCUGCACAGAGUCCUGACCUGAACCCAAUAGAACACCUUUGGGAUGAAUUACAACGUAGACUUGAGAGCCAGACCAACAUCAGUGUGUGACCUCACCAAUUGCGCUUUUGGAAGAAUGGUGGAAAAUUCCUACAAACACACUCCGCAACCUUGUGGACAGCCUUCCCAGAAGAGUUGAAGCUGUAAUAGCUGCAAAAAAGUGGACCGACAUCAUAUUGAACCCUAUGGCUUAGGAAUGGGAUGGCACUUCAAGUUCAUAUGUGAGUCAAGGCAGGUGGCCAAAUACCUUUGGCAAUAUAGUGUAACUCCUACUUAUCAAGGUGGCAUGGCACCUUGCAGGAUGCUGCUGCGUGGCGUUCAAGGACAUUAAGGAAAAUGCCAGUUGAACCAUGCGAGGUUGACCAAAAGGAAAGCACAAUGCAGUUUAUGGACAGGAGUUCUUACUAGUCCUGCCUUUUUGUUUUCUUUCAUUGUACUUAGUAAAGGAUUUAUUUUUUAUCCCGUAAACGUGUAGCAACAGUAGUGCUGCUAAUGAACAGGCUGACGCUAAGCAUUGCUCGUAAACUACACACGCUUAUAUAACCAGAGUUUUAUUGUAAUUGUUUUGAUACACGGCAAAAUAAUUCAGGGAUGGCGACAGGAGGGAGUGGAAAGAAUGUGAAGGUUUGUAAUUAGCUCAUUAGCUUUAUUUUGUAAACUAAACACGGCGUUAGCAACCUGUUGCCAUGGUUGCAUCGCUAGCUUGUCACAUUUGUGUUGAUGUAUUUUUAGCUAAUUAUAGGCGUGUUGACACUAGAUGAACUAGCAAAUAUUUUCGUAUUCAUUGUGUUGCGGGGAACUGGCGUGCAUAUACGGCUAAAAAAAAACAUCAAGAAGCACAUAAACAUAAUUUUCACUUGGAUUUUGUUCUUCUACCCUUCAAUUUUUAUUUGGGUAGUAACCACUUGGUGUCAGGGCCAAACUGAAAAUAAAUACAUACAUAUACUGUAGUGAUAUUAUGAAUAAUACAAUCAAAAAGUUAAAAGAAUGAUAUAAGGGGGGGAAAAAGUAAUAUUCAGUUUAAAAAGUGGUCAUCAUACAAAAGUAGUCAAGUCAUCUUCAUUGAGAUAUUUGUCUCAUAAUUUUAAUUUUUGGAAAUGAUUACUUUUUUUUCCUGUAAUAGUAAGAUUUGACCCUGAUAUUUAAACUGCAUUCUUGUACAAUUAAUUUUUUUCUUUCUCUUAACCUCUAAAGGCUUAGUGGCCACAUGCGUGGACAGCACCUUUUUAGCUCUUUAUUUCCAAAAUUGUGUACACUACUGAAUUAGGGUCUUAUGCCCACUUAUGUGGACACUUAUACUGCCAUCUGGUGGUGUCAGAAGAGUAUAACAUACAAUGGAAUUUGAAAAAAAAAAGUAAAAAUAAGAAUUAGCAUGUCACUAAACAUAAAGUACACGUUUGUGUACUUAUGGACUAAGUACUAAGAUGAUUCUUAGUUUUUAUUCUAAUCAGGGUCCAAUAAGCCCAAAUAGCAAAGAGAAAUAAAAAAAAGCAUGUAAACAAACAGCUUGGGCCUUAAGAGGUUAAUGUUAUGACUCUAUUCAAGUACAAUUUAGACUUUUUCACUUGAACAUAACGCCCAUUUCUCGUAGUAUUAUGACGUUGUUUUUGUGCAAUUACUGACAUUUUUUUUCCUGUCAAAAUUAGCCAAAUAUCACAACUUUUUUCAUGUAAGAUGACUUGUUUUUUUCUCCUCGUAACUUUGGUACUUUGUCAUAACUUCAUGUGAAAUUAUUACUAUUUUCCUUGCAUUAUUACAAAUUGAUUCUCAUUAAAUUGCAUGGUUUUUCCUCAUAAUAACCCAACUUCAUUCUCGUAAAAUUUGGGGUACUAUGUAAAAUAUAUUUUUCAUUGUGAAAUUACUUAGCAUUAAAUUGUAGCCUUUUUUCAAGGGAAAUUGUUACACUUUCCUUCAAUAUUACGACUUGAUUCUUAUUUAAUUGCCUAGUUUUUUUCCGACUUGAUUUGAGUCAAAUUUGGAGUAUUUCGUAAAAUUGUCUUUCUCAUAGUAAAAUUACUAAAAAAAAUUUUUAAAAAAUACGUUUUUUUCAUAUAAAAUGUAUUCUCUUUCCUUGCAAUAUAAUGAUUAUUAGUAUAUUAAUAUUUAUAUUAAAUUUAUUUUAUAAUUAUUAAUAAUUAAUGCAAUUAAUUAUGUUAAUGCAAUUUAUUAUAAUAUGUGUGGUUUUCCUUGUAAUAAUAUGACUUGAAUCUAGUAAAAUUUUGUAGAAUUGUUUUUUUCUUUACUCUAAAUUAAAAUAUAGCUUUUUCCCCCCUUGUAAUUUUACAAUUGUAUGUUAUUAACAUAAUUAUGUUAUUUAAUUCUAGUAAUAUUUUUUUCAGUGUGGCCCUAAUACUCUCUUCCGAACAAAUCAAACUUUGAACAUUUGCUGCCUGGCUGGUUAUUAAAAAUAUUCAUAUUCGGCCCUAGUGUAUGACACACUAUUACAAUGUGAUGUAUUGCUCUAAGGCCUUUUUUUCCCCCACCGCUGGUGUUCUUGAAAAAUAUUGCAAUUUUUUUGUGUGUAUUAAUAGCAAGUAUAGGCUUAGAAGGGGGCAAAACAAUGGCAAUCCAUAAAGAGCUCUAAUAUGACUGUAUCCUGCUCAUUUGAAAAUGACACACACACACUUACGUAUGCCAUAUAAAAAUGUUACCUUGUUAUUACCAUGGCUGUUGCAGAAAUAUUGUGAUACACUGACUGGACACGUCAUUAGGUACACCUGCCAGAUACCCAAUACAAGAGCUGUACAAAAAUCUGCUUUUACAAACAUACUAUUUUCUGUAUGUAAUAAUGCAACAAUAUGUUUACUUUUGUGGUCAUGUUGGAUCUGUUUAGUGCAGGUUUAUCUACUAUAGGUGCAUAUACAAUAUUUACUUUUGUUGUCACUUACCCCAACAUAUUCCUGCUCAGUACUUCUUUCAUUUGCUAACCUAAUCAAGCUCCCUUAAAUGCUCUCACUGGGUAUUUAUUUACCUAAACUGUGUUCUUUGGAGAGAGGCAGUUGUUUAUUAAAACUCACUAAAAUUAACCUAAUUGUUUGAUACUGUUUUAGGUUGCAUAAGAUAAUAAUGAUAAUAGAUUUUAUUUGUAGAAGCACUUUACAUUGAACAAACAACCUCAAAGUGCUACAGUGCUUUUAAAAAAACAACGCUAUAACCACAAAUAGCUGCCCAACAAGUAAAACAAAUAGUCAAAUAAAAUAAAAACUAGAACAGCCUAAUAGCUAGAACUAGCACACAUAUUUCUAAAAAAAAACGUUUUUUUUAAAAGAAGGGUUUUUAAGCCUUUUUUAAAAGCAUUCACAGUCUGUGGUGUCCUCAGGUGGUCAGGGAGAGCGUUCCACAGACUGGGAGCAUAGUUCGGAGCUUUGUCCUCGGAGGUUGGAGGAGGUUAGCCUGUCCGGAGCGGGGGUGUCGUGUGAUCUCUUUGACCAUAUGGUGGUUUAUGAAUAACUAUAUUAAAACAUGAGCGACAGAACCAAUGUUGUAAUAGCGAUAAGGAGCCAACUCCCGAGCCAGCAUUAAUACUGCUAAUGGGUCGAUUCCAGCGUAACAGGAAUGAGUGUCACGCCAGAUGAGUAGCGCAUGCAGAGGUAAAGAAAUUGGAGUAUUGACAGGAACAUUUUGAUCCAAGUAAGGAGGAAUGUGCCGUAGAGCUCAGUUAUGAAUUAUGAAUAAACAGGGAUACAAGGACAUGUUUUCUUUAUGGAAAAGUCGAAUAUUUGCGCCGAGAUUUGCAAAUGAAAGAACAAGUUUAAAUGUUCUGCGCUUUUUCUUUUCCUCUUGGAGCUUUCCGUGCAGACAAAUGGGUCAUUUUUUUGUUUUGUUUUUCAUUGCCCGCCCCCAAUGGGUUUAUCAGGUUUAUUUCCGAAUGUUACAGACACUUUAGAAGAAGCACUUUGUAGGCACAGUGUGCUCCCAUGAGAAUUUACUGAGAUUACACAUGAAAUGUAACGGUAGAGUGCACUCAUUAUACGUUAUUGUCAUUUUAAAAUGUUCUUUCUUCUACCUUUUCUAGUUUACCCUCGUGUGAUAGACUUUAGGUAAUGGCCGACAUGCUACAAUUCUAAACAAAUCUAAAAGUUACAAGAAUAAAAUAAAUUAUGAGUUUAUCAUGACAUAAGACUCUUUUGAGUUUUUUCCCUACAAGAAAUGUUUGCAUACUAUUCUGACUUUAUUUUUAUAAAACACUUAGUUUUUUUUGGUGUAAGGUUAUGACUUGAUUCUCAUACAAUUAGUUUCUCGUAAUAGUCGAAUAAAUUACUUGUGUUUUUUUGUACCUUUUAUUAUGAGGACUUUAUUUUUACAUCAAUUUGCUUUUUUUCUUGUAAUAUAGAUGUAUACUAUAACUGUACUGUAUUCUCUCAUAGUCAUGAAAUCAUUAGUUUUUUGUGUAAUAGAAUGACUUUAUUCUCAUACUUUUCCCCUCCCCUAUGACGGGUUACUGUUUUUUCUGUGUGAUAUUAGCACUCCCCCCCUUUUUUGUCAUUAAACCAUGAUUCUUCAUUACUAAUUAGUUAUUUUUUUGUCAUUGCUUUUUUUUUUUUGCUAUUUUUUCUCAGAAUAUGAGAGGACUUUAUUUCCAUAAUCUUUAUUCCACGUAAUACUUUUAACUUGCUUUUUUCCCUUGUAACUUUAUGACUUAUUCUGAUUAAUUUACUUGGUUUUUUUUGUACUAUUUUUAAAAUUACUAGUUAGUUUGUAGCUACACAAAAAAAUGUAUGGCAAUACUAUGACUAUUCUACGGAGGGGAAACA